ACACAUGUUCAGUUCUAUUUAAGUUGUGUCUCUUGUAGUUAGUUACAUCAUUUGUUUAAAUAUAUUUUACAGUGAGGUAAUACAAGAGAGUGUAUUAUGAAAGGGACUAUAAUAUCAGGGAUAGUGUUCUUCAUAGCCAUCAUUAUAGACAACUCUGAGGCUCAAGAAACAGAUCUAUGCAAGCAGGAACCAGACACAGGUGUUUGUAAAGGCAGAUUUGUCAAGUGGUACUACAGUGAACAGGAAGAUAUGUGUAGACAGUUUCGUUACGGAGGAUGUCGUGGAAACGAUAAUAGGUUCCCUUCUCAAGCGGAAUGUGAGAACCGUUGCCGUGUGGUCAAAGAUUCAGCCACUACAGAACCCUCACCUCUUAAUACUCCUUCAUCAACUGGUGAGUGUCGUACUCCCGUUUCUAUUCAGCCGUGUGGUCCAAACGUGACCACGUAUUAUUUCGACUCCAGAACAGAGGCCUGUGUUGUUGGUGAUUUUGGAGCUUGCGGAUAUGCGAACAGCUACCGCUCAGAAGAGGAAUGUGAAAGGCGAUGCGGUGCAUUCAAAGGACUUGGAGGUUACCCAUAAUUUAAUGCCGAUACAAUGAAGUCAAUGUAAGUGAUGCCCUACAUUUGUAUUACUGUUAAUAAAAAUUCAGCAAAGAAAUAUAUUUAAUU